CAAACAGUAAUCGCAACGGUUCGUGUACAUCAACAUUAUCCACUAUUCUAAAAUUUCAGAAGAACUGUCGCAGAAAAGAAUAGGUAGAUUGUCAUAAUUGUAGUUAGAAAGGAGUUUAGCAACUUUUUUCUUUCAAUCAAAAAGUGCAAUUGAAUUAGAAUAAAAAAUAAUAAGAAAAGUCGUCAGAAAAAAUUUUACCAACCAGCUUAUAUAUUUUGUCUGAUUGUUUAAAGAAGAAAUUACCACUAAAAUGGUUGGCGCUACGAAAAUCCGUAUUGAUGAGAAUGAAACAAACACCUUUGCCAAGGUUAAGAAAUUUGGUGUUGCAAAUGCAACGGAGAAUACUAAGCGUGCAGCCUUAGGAGACUUACAGAAUCGAGCAGUUCUAAGACUUGCCAAUGCUAAAGAAGCUGCACAGAAGGAUAUUGACUCCAAACUGAAAAAUGUAAUUCAAAAUACCAAACCACGUGUGGAUACACAUUGGAAAAAGGCGCCAGGAGCCACUGUCAAGUCAACAAGCACAGCUGCUGAACAGCCGAAAAAGAUUCUUACGCGAUCAAAUUCUACACGCGUUGAACCUGCAGCUUUGCAGAGAAAUGCUGUGACUGGCCUUAACAAACACAAGACGCUUACUACAAAAGUAGUGGAACAAAAAUUACAACAGGCAAAACUCAUUAAAGCUAAGGCUGCACAGGAUGAAAAACCAAAGAAAUCUAGUGAAGCACUUACAUUAAGGCGUGAAGAUAGCAACUUAUCGCUCAAGUCGCUGUCAAAACUAAAAGCAGCUUUGACAAGAGAAGCGAAUAAGGUUACUGCUGGAAAACUAAUAGCACAGAGCGUAAAACCAGAAACAAAAGCUGUUUCUGAGUCGUCGGAUUCAGACAGCGAAAGUAACAAAAAUGCUGUAGCACAAAUCUCAAGUGCACAAACAUACUCACCUGAAGUAGAAGAUUUCGCUGACAUUGAAGAUAUUGAUUCUGGCGAUUCGGAUCAACUGCUACUGGUAUCGGAAUACGUGAAUGAUAUAUAUAAUUACCUCUUUCAAUUAGAGGAAGAACAGGUUAUACAAGAAAACCAUUUGGAUGACCAAGUAGAAGUUUACCCUAAAAUGCGUGCUGUACUCAUCGACUGGAUUAACGAAGUACACUUUCAGUUUCAUUUAACACCAGAAACAUUCCAAAUGACAGUGGCAAUUAUCGAUCGCUACUUGCAAGAAGUAAAAGAUACAAAACGCACACAUUUGCAAUUGGUAGGUGUGACGGCUCUAUUCAUUGCGGCCAAGUAUGAAGAGUUAGUUCCCCCAUCAAUUGCCGAUUUUGUCUACAUAACCGACGACACAUACAAUUCCAAACAAAUCGUGCAAAUGGAGUUGAAAAUCAUUAAAACACUCGAAUGCAAUUUGUCGCGCCCUUUGCCAAUACAUUUUUUGCGUCGCUUCUCCAAGGCGGCUAAAGUAGAAGAUAUACACCACGCGUUGGCUAAAUAUUUUCUCGAAUUGACAUCAAUCGAAUACGAUUUAGCAUCAUACAAGCCGUCCGAGAUCGCCGCUGCAUCGCUCUUCUUAGCCCUGCAUUUGCUUAAAGAGAACGCUAAAGCACCAACGGGUUUCAACAACAAACACUGGUCUCCUACAAUGCAAUAUUACUCGCGGUACACCGCAGAGCACUUGAGACCUAUCGCCACAAAAAUUGCAACUGUGGUGCGAAAUGCGCCAUCUGCCAAACUGAAGGCUGUCUACACGAAAUACCAAUCAUCCAAAUUAUAUAAAAUUGCGAUGCGUUCGGAAUUAUAUGAUAAACUAAUUGAUUCAAUAAUUAACCAUACCGAAUGAGAAAUAGUUACGGGCAGCUAUAGCGACAGGGGUUGCAAUGCGCUUAAUUUUUGUUUAUGUCGUUUAGUUUAAUUGUUAGAUUUUUUUACUCUAUUUUAUAAACAAUUCAAUAUUUUUAUUAUCAAAUAUUUCUUAAUAAUAUAUAUAUUUUUAUUUUUAAGUUUUAUGCGACAAUUUAAAUUAGAUUAAGUAACACUGUCCCGGAUCGUCGGUAAAAUGUCAUAGAUAAAAACUUCCAUGUAAUGCUCUGCAUUACAGCAAUUAAGGAAGUUUGCAAUCGCGGAAUUAUUUCAUCGAAAGCAGCAAUCAAGGACAAUACUAACUUCAACUCCUGUUUGUACGAGUAUUCGGAUAUUUAGUCUUAAAUAAAUUGCUGAAUACCUGUCAUAAUUAAUGUAAUGUAGUGUCUGUCCGUAUUAGAGUUUGUGAAAAUGUAAUAUUUCCUUAAUGUGAGGAAAGCACCACCGACUAACCAACGUAUAUUAGUGUCGAAAUGUACUUUAUAUCAAUUUUUUGUAUCAAAAAUUUUGCUGCUGAGUAAGCGCCUUCUUUUCCCAACCGAAAGCUAUGAUUUCAAAAAUACUUUAUCAAAUGUUCUUGUUUAGGUUGUCAUGAAGUCGGCGUACUCAUCAGCGCAGUUUUUUCAUUCCUAUUAUGUCCAAUUUUGGCAAAAUUAGAAUUAAUGUAGUUCAAAAACCCAAAAACGAAAAAAAACACUUUUAAAUUGAACAAUGUUUGUAGGCUCAAACUGAAUGUAAUUAUCUGCUAUAUUUGUUUGUAAUUUAAGGUUCACAAGCAUAGUGGGAACGCACAUGACAUCAUUGGUGUCUGAUGCUGCCUCGAGCGUUAUUUUCCUGCUAUGCCAGAAAUCAUUCUGAUUGUGAAUAUAAUCUAUUUUGCUCAAAAAUAA